AUGGUUUUGGCUCACUUUCUCGGCUAUGAGCCAGCCGGCUCACUUAAUCUCCAUGAAAUGGACAGCGAUUCGGAAUCCUCAAUGGAAGACGAGUUGCGAAUUCCAGUGUUCAUGGUGUUAUUUGUGUUGCUGGCCUACACAGCUAUUGGAGGUUUUUUGUUUCAAUCAUGGGAAGGACUGCAAUAUUUCGAGGCAUUUUAUUUUUGUUUCAUUACCAUGGCCACAGUAGGUUUUGGCGAUAUCGUUCCUACUGAACAGGUUUAUAUGUUUUUCACAAUGGCAUACAUAAUUUUUGGACUUUCCUUAGCAACUAUGUGUAUUGACUUAGCGGGUACUGAAUACAUUAGAAAAAUCCAUUACCUUGGCAGCAAAAUGGAAGAUGCUAAGGGCGCUGUCAUUUCCGGCCUCCAAGUCGGUGAACAUAUACUGAAACAUACCGGUAUUGAAGUGAUGAAAACAGCGGGUGGUAAAUUGGUGCAAGGUACGUCAAGCUUCACAAUACUCUCAUUUUCCGACUACUCAAACGCUAUUACAGUUCGUGGAGCAGUACUCAAUUCGAAGCAAGCUCGAGAACUGGGAGUGAAUUAUAUACUAGCUGAUCUACAAUAUCAACAGAAGAACAUUCUAUACGAGCCGUUAAGUCCAACAGUUGCAAAACUUGUUAAGGAAAGUAAUAUUAAGAUUUUACCAGACGACAUCACAGAGAAGGAUGGAUAUAUAGUACAAAACAAGAGUUAUGACAAACCGGCUCUGGCCAAAAAAGGAUAUGUUCGUGUCAGUGGGAACAUUAUUCACAGAAUUAUGGUUCCAAGAAGAGGUGGACCAUCACUUGUUGUUCCAUGCCUUAUAUAUAAAGAAACAGAUAUUUGA